AAUUUAUAGAUUUGUGUUUUUGUUCUGUUUCCAUGCGAUUUGAUUUUGUUUCUUGAUUUUUUGAAGAAAAAGUUGAGAAAUUUCGGUGAAAGGGAAUCAGUUUUGUGGAUUUUGAGGCUUUUUUUUGUGCAUUGGUUGUGAUUGAUUAAUCUUGUUGUUGAAUUUGCUUGGGGUUGUAGCAUGGCAUCGAAAUCGAUAAGAAGGAGGCUUAAUCAUCGGGAAAUGGAUCGAGAUAGAGAUGAAUCUGUUGAUAAAUCUGAUUCUGAUGAUCUUAGAGAACCUCUGCUUGGAAAAUAUGGGCAUGAACAAUUGGAGGGUUUCAAACCUGGAGAUGAGCAGGACGGAUCUGGGGAAGGGAAGGGUGAUCAGCUUCACUGGAGACAGUUUCUCCUGUUGGAUUGUCCAAUGCGCACAAUGGCUAGCACAUGUUGUUAUUGGGUCUUGUUCACUUGUCGGGAAACUUUUCCUUCUUCCUUCUAACAGUCAAAGUAAACAAGUUGAUGGGAUUAUUCAAUUGCCGCUUAGUCCAUUACGGGAAGAAAGAUUGAGGAAUCUCAGACAGAGGUUGGAGGUUUCAUUCGACAACACUUGUCUGGAUCAUCAAGAUUCCUUGAAGCAACUAUGGAUGUUGGCUUUUCCUGAUCGAGAACUGCCUCCGCUUAAAUCUGAGUUAUGGAAAGAGAUGGGUUGGCAAGGUACCGACCCAUCUACUGAUUUCAGGGGUGGUGGGCUUAUAUCUCUGGAAAACCUCAUCUUUUUCGCCAAGAAUUACCCAGCUUCUUUCCAAAGACUUCUAAACAAACAAGAUGGGAAGAGAGCUGAUUGGGAAUACCCUUUUGCUGUAGCUGGUGUCAAUCUAUCGUUCAUGUUGGUUCAAAUGUUAGACUUGCAAUCAAACAAUGAGAAGCCGAACUCCAAAGCCGGUGCACUAUUCCUAGAACUGCUUAGAAGCGAUGAGAUGGCCUUCGACGAACUCUAUUGUGUUGCUUUUCAGUUGCUUGACACAAAAUGGCUUGCGAUGCGUGCAUCCUACAUGGAGUUCAAUGAGGUUCUCAAAUCUACAAGAGCACAACUAGAACAAGAGCUUGCAUUGGAUAGCAUAUCUUCUGUACAUGACCUUCCAGCUUACAACAUGCUAAGAAGAUAAGUUUGUUAAUCUUCCUUUAAAUAAUAAAAA